AUGUCGUGGUCAUUCGCUCUCCCCCAGGCAGUAUUUGCCUCGCCAAUUCUUUCCACGGCCACCCCCCUGGCCGGAGGAAUGUUAACGGGCUAUCUGGUCAACCGAGGCGGCACGACCAAAGCCAAGUAUGGCAGCAUCCGGCAACCUCCGUUUCGCCCCCCGACGUGGCUCUUCCCUGCAGUCUGGACACUGCUCUACCCACUGAUGGGCUACGCUGCCCACCACGCAAGCAUGACGGGCCUAUCAGCAGCGACAUUUUCGCCGGAGCUCCGUGAUUUGACCAAGAAGUCGCAGACACUUUACACGGUCCAAUUGGUAUUCAACUAUCUGUGGAUGCCGCUAUUCUUUGGACUCCGGCGUCCGGAUCUAGCCUUGGCGGAUCUGGUCGCGAUAGGGGGAAAUGUGGCUGGAUUGCUGCAUCUCUGGUGGCAAAUUGACCGGACGGCGUUUUGGAUGCUAGUGCCAUAUGCGAGUUGGGUGGGAUUCGCAAUGUAUCUGAACAUUGGCGUCGGAUGGUUGAAUAACUGGCGGAUAUAA